AUGUCAAAGCUCUCUCGUUCUCAAGCUGAGAAAAAGAAUACUCAGCUCGGUGCUUCAAGACAGUGUCCGCCAGUUGAAGACGUCUGUCCCGCUCAUGUUCGAGGUCUCCGCGUAACGCAAGCGUUACGCGAUCAAAGAAGCUCUCGGGAGCACGCGCUUCCCCACGAUUGUGUGGAGAGCGUUUUGCCUCCUCCUCAACCUCCAUUGGAGGACUCUCGCGGUGGCCAGCGCUAUCUGAUUGAGCAGCUGUUGAACCACCGCGACGUGAACGGACGUCACACGAGUUAUCUCGUCCGGUGGCGCGGCUAUCCCCCGUCCUAG